UUGUAAUAAAACAGAAAAUUAACAAAAAGAUUUGGAUAGAAUUAGUAAAUAUGAUUUUUUGUAUUUUAAUUUGUUUCAGAAAACAAGGUAACGAAUCCCACGAAGAAGACAACGCAUCGGAAAUAGUCGAGAACAUAUUGUACAUCACCGCCGAUGAUGCAAAGGAACAAAUACAAGCACCUGAAGUCAAAACUGAGAACCCGCAGAACGGAAGUGACGUAUAUGCAGUGGUAGAAAAGAAACCUAAACCAGACGACGGUGACGAUCAACCGGUCUACACGGAUGUCUGUAAAGCUGAUCAGAAGAAAAAAAAACCAGCAAUUGCUGCAAAACCGUCGAAAGUCAAGAAAGAUGAGCGACCAACUGUGAAUAAAGAUGGCCUUAUAUACGUUGAUUUGGAUCUGAAAGACACACCGUCUACUUCGAAGGGAGCAUUCGUCAUCCAUGGAGCAGACGACAGGACUCAGUACGUUGACAUCGAUUUCACUAGGCGAGCCGAUCCUCCCCCUGACACGGACAAUGGACAAUCCCAGAAUGAAAAGGAGAAAGAAAAAGCAUGAAAGCCGUUCGCCAGUGUGAUUUUCCAAAUUGUUAUGCAUCUUCUGAACAACGAAAUAAAUUUGAAAAAAGUUGGA